AUGUCCUCACCAAAUGACACCAUGCUUGUCAAGGGCUUACGACUUGGCGUUGAGGUCAUUAAUGGCUUGAAUGAAUGUAUCCAUUUUUUUCAGUGGGCAAGAUCUAUGUAUUUGCGCUCCCAACGGAGUGAAACACAAGAUCAAGAUGUUCAAAAUGAUGAUGAUGCAUUAUUGCACUUGCAGAGUGGCCUACAACAUCUUAGAGAUACUCUUCCUGCAAUGUACAAUCUUGUUGACCGAGCAGAGUGGAGGAGCCAUGAACACCAUGUGGCUGAGCUGCUUCCGAGACUCAAGGACGCCGUGUAUAAUGCGGAUGACCUUCUUGAUGAGUUUAGGUGGUAUGAGAUGAAGGCUGAAUUGGAGGGAAACACAAGCAAGUCUCCUUUUAGUGACUUCAUUGGUACUCUCAUUCAUGGCAGCUUUGACAAAUUGAAGGAUGUCCGAGAAAGGCUGGAGAAUCUUUCUCGCCAGUUGAAGAGGAUGGGGUUGCAUAAAGUUGUGCAACGAUUUGACAAAUCAGUUAGGCCAGAGACUACCGCUAUGCCAGAUGAAGCAAAAAUAUUUGGUCGUGCUGAGGAGCUAAAGCAAGUGAUGGAAUUUCUCAAUGUCCCUACAAAUGCAAAACGCAAGAGAGCAAAAAGUUUAGCCAAUGCAUCAACAAGCUUAUCAGCAAACAACCAAGUUAGUAAUGAAUCAAGAAUAACAUAUCUUCCUGUUUUGCCAAUAGUUGGAAUUGGUGGUGUUGGAAAGACUACUUUGGCCCAACAUAACUACACUGAUCAACAAGUGAAGUCUCACUUUGGCCUGGUAAUUUGGAUUUGUGUCUCGGAUGACUUCAACGUGAAAAGAUUAAUCAAAGAGGUUAUACAAUCAUGUCCUAGAAAAGAGGCAACAUCUGAUAGUGGAAAAGAUGCACCGGCUGAUAAUCUGAAUUCUCUUCAGCUUGCUCUUUCUAAGCAUGUAAACAAUCAAAGGGUCUUGAUUGUCCUUGAUGAUAUAUGGGAUGAUUCUUUGAAGGAAAAUAGGCAGUGGUGGAAUAGAUUUUGUGCACCUCUAAAAAGCGCCCAAGAGGGAAGCAUGAUGUUGGUCACCACUAGAUGUCCAAAUGUUGCUCAGGGAGUGGGCACAGUGAAGCCUAUUAUAUUAGAAGGGUUGAAAGAUGAUGUCUUCUGGAAUUUCUUCAAAUUAUGUGUUUUUGGGUCUGAAAGUUCUAGCAAUGAUCCAAAGUUAGAACUCAUUGGUAAAAGCAUACUUCCUAAAUUGAAGGGUUCUCCAUUAGCCGCCAAAACUCUUGGACGCAUGUUAAGAAUGGACCUUCAAGAAACACAUUGGGAGAGUAUACUUCAUAGUGAAUUGUGGGAGUUGGAACAAGAGGUGACUGAUAUUUUACCUGCCCUUCGAUUGAGCUACAUGUAUUUACUAUUCAUUUUACAACGUUGCUUCUCAUUUUGUGCUGUAUACCCUAAAGAUUACAAAUUCCAAAAAGAAGCCUUGUCUGAGAUAUGGGUGGCAAAAGGCUUUGUUGAAGCUCAAGGUGAUGACUCUUUUCAAAAAGCUGGCUGGCAGCACUUUGAAGAUCUUGUAACUCGGUCAUUCUUUCAAAAAGUUAAUGGUGGAUAUGUAAUCCAUGACUUGCUGCAUGACAUGGCACAAAAAGUUUCAGAGCAUGACUGCUGCAUUUUAAGAAAUAAGAAUGACUAUGAGAAAGUUCCUGAAAAUGUUCGUCGUGUAUACAUAUUUCGUAACAGGAAUGUUGGCAAUUCUGAUUUGGUGAGCCUAUGCAAGCACAAAACACUGCGUACCCUAAUUUGCGAGAAGCAGUUAGGGAGUACAACAAGCACUGUGAUGGACAAGUGGUGUACUAAUCUGCCGCGUCUCCGUGUGAUUUCUCUUACCACUACAAAUGAGUUACCAUAUAGUAUUGGCAACUUGAAGCAUCUUCGGUACCUCAAAAUCUCCGAAGAUUGUUCUUUGAGCAUUCCUUCAAAUUUUUGUUGGCUCUAUAAUUUGCAGAUUUUAGAUGUCACAAACUGCAGUCUAGAAAGCUUACCAUAUGGCUUCAGUAACUUGAGCACUCUACGGAGAUUCGUAUCACAAGGAUUCUCAUAUUCUGCUGAUUGCACAUAUCUGAAUGCAGCCAAUAUGCAGCUACAAGGAACAAAACUAAUCAAGAAUUUAAACCAAAUUCGUGGAUGUUUGGACAUAAUAGAGGUUCGCAUGCUAAGUGAGGAUCAUGCGGCUGAAUUGGAAUUGAAGAAUAAGAAAUAUCUUCACGAGUUGAAACUGAACUGGUCAUUUGAGUCCUCUGCAGUGUUAUCUCCAAACGAGCAGUACAAUGGGACAGAAGUGCUCCAAGUUCUGCAACCUUCUAUAGAUCUCCGGUCUCUAUCCCUCGGGAAAUAUCCAGGUGUCUCUCUCCCAACCUGGUUUGAGCCGCAGAACUUGCCAAGCUUAGUAUCACUUUCUAUUGACAGCUGUUAUGCUCUCAACAGCAUAUCCAUUCCGGGGCACACUUGGCACAGUAAUCUGGCGUUACUUGAGGAAUUGGUAAUUUGUGAUUGUCCAAGCCUAGUUUCAAUUGGUGGAGCAAAGGCAGUUGCAAAAAUUAAGAAAGUUGAGAUAUACAAGUGUCCAAACUUAAAGGAAGCAGAUCAGAUCAUGCGGAGAGGCCGACGGUCUUCAAGGCGGAAUAACUGA